AGGGUUAUCCUAUUGAUGACUUCUUUUUGAAGCUCUCAUCUCACCUCCCUAACAACCGUGCGGUUGCUACAUGACGUAAUUCCCAGGCUCCGACCGGCGCGGGACGCCUGGCGGCGGCUGUACCAGCAACAAGAGUAUGGUGGAGGGGUAGGCCGUUGCUAGGCUGUUUUCAGGCUCGAUGGAGCGGCAGGACGCGCUCGUCGUGGCCAGGCCCCCGGCGCUGCAACGCGACCGAGCGGAGAGUGAGACUCCGCGGAUUCGAGCUGCGCCUGCGGACGCUAUCUGUCAGCACCGCUGAAGAUAUAGAAGGUGACUAUGGAGAUCAGCGGUCUCCCACUGGAGCUGUGGCGUCUGAUCCUUGCAUAUUUGCCUCUCCCAGAUCUGGGUCGUUGCUGUGUGGUGUGCAGGGCUUGGUAUGAACUGAUAAUCAGUCUGGAUAAUACUCGAUGGAGGCAGUUGUGUCUUGGAUGCAAUGAAUGCAAACACCCAAACUGGCCAAAUCAACCUGAUGUUGAACCACAUUCCUGGCGGGAAGCAUUUAGGCAACACCAUUUAGCUUCUAAAAUUUGGACCAAAAAUGCCCAGGACAUGGAGUCCUCAAACUGCUUGCAUUUAUUUCGGCGGAAGAAGGAUCGAAAAACUAUAUUCGUCGGCCCAACAAGUGAACAUCUGAACCUCAGGAGUGCCUUAGCUGUUGCCAAUGUGUAUGAUAAGAUUUUUGUUUGCCCUGGUGUAUAUGAAGAACAGAAUGAGGUGAUUUUAAAGGUCCCUGUAGAAAUAAUUGGACUUGGGAAGUUAGGGGAUGUGGCACUCCUUGUUAGCUUUGACCAACACUGUCCAACAGCACGGCUGUGCAAUUUGGUCCUCAUGCCUGCGUGGUUCACACCUGUUGUGUACAAGACAUUUUCCGGCCAUGUUCAGCUUGAUAACUGCAAUGUAGAGAACGGGCAGCUACACAUCCAUGCACCUGGGACCUGCCAGGUGAAGUUUUGUACUUUCAGCCAGUCCAGCAUCAAUUUCCACAAUGUUGCCCUCAGCAUAAUUGAAAACUCGGAGUUUAUUGGGAGUGACAGUAUAUCAGUGAGUGUGGCAGGCCCUGGCCUGACUGACAGAAAUUGGGCCUGCAAACACUUGGCAGUGGCUGCCAAAUCUAAAUCUGUUUUGAAUUCACCAGGCCAAGCUCUUUCAACUACUUGUAACUCCAGAAAUCAUUGUCAGAGUUCACCAAGCAACUUUGGAACAUUUGAAUCAAAUGAGAGUAUGACUGGUUUACGGCAGACAUCCGGCUCCACUCAAAACUUCCAGAUGUCCUACACAAGAGAUGGUCAUUACAACAGAGAGGGAUGUGUCCUGAAAGGGAAGCCAUGUGAUGGGGAGGUGGUAACCUUGGAUACUGAUUACAGUGACAGUGAAAUGAGCACAAGUAGUGAGAAUGAAGAUGAUGAGCAAUCGGUGUAUAAACUUUCUUACCAGUCCCAUGGCCUGAGUCGCUUGUUGUCAAGGACUAAUCCGCUUAGACUUCAGAAGAAGGGAGCUGAUCUUCUGCGAAUGGAUUUGGAGUUGAAAACUCUGCAGAAGGAGUUGCAAAAGGAUAAAGAGGCUCAGAUUCUUGCCAGCACCCUGCAGGGCUGUUUAAUCCGAAAGUGCCUCUUUCGGGAUGGAAAGGGUGGUGUGUUUAUUUGUAGUCAAGGGCAAGCUAGACUGGAAUGCAACAUCUUCAGAAACCUCAGCUAUGCUGUGCGGGGCAUCCAGAACGCCAAGAUUAUAAUGAUAAAGAAUGAAAUUAGUCAGUGCAAAGCAUCAGGAAUCUUUUUACGACUGGAGGCAGGAGGUCUAAUCGCAGACAACAACAUCCAUUCCAAUUCAGAGGCUGGCAUUGAUAUCCGGAAGGGAGCUAACCCUUUGAUAUUGUGCAACCAGAUACACAGUGGCCAUCGGUCAGGGAUUGUGGUGCUUGGGAAUGGAAAAGGCAUCAUUCGCAGUAAUCGUAUCUAUGGAAAUAAGGAAGCUGGGAUCUACAUUUUGUAUAAUGGAAACCCAGUGGUAAGUGGAAAUCACAUCUAUCAAGGACUUGCUGCAGGUGUUGCAGUGAAUGAAAAUGGAAGGGGCCAAAUAUUAGAAAAUAUUAUACGUGAAAAUCAUUGGGGAGGUGCAGAUAUACGACGAGGAGGAGAUCCUAUUCUAAGAAACAAUCUCAUCUGCUAUGGUUAUUCAGAUGGCGUUGUCGUGGGUGAACGAGGGAAAGGAUUGAUUGAAGGAAACAACAUAUAUGGCAAUAAGGGCUGUGGUGUGUGGGUUAUGUCCUCUAGUCUCCCACACAUUGCCAAUAACCAGAUCAGCCGCAACAACAUCUAUGGAGUGGCCGUCUUCUGUCGUAAAGAUGACACAAAUGACUACCUCAACAACCGAGGAGGCAAUGAGAAUUUCAAUGACGAAUGGGAGAUUGUCAAUUGGGAAAAUGACUUUGACAGUGAUGAGGAGCGAUACACCUCGCACAAGCCAAUCACUGUAGCACUUAUUGAAUUUAACAACAUCAAUCACAAUGGCGCUGCUGGUCUCUACAUAAAAAGCAGUGAGACACUCAACAUUAUAGCCAAUGCAAUCCAUGCCAACCACGAUAAUGGGAUUGCAGUUUAUCAGAGCAGUCAGUUCACCCACAUCACAAACAACAGCAUCACCUGUAACAGUGUAGGUGGAGUUCUUGUAGAAGCAGGAUGCAAAGUUGAACUUCGGGGCAAUGGUAUCUAUGACAACAACAGCCAUGGUGUCACCUCGAAGGGAGAAGGUAGUGUCUUGGAGAAUGACAUUCUGGGAAACCAUGGAUAUGGGUUGCAGCUACUUGAAAAUGCAGAUAUGAAGGUGACAAAGAACAGAAUCCAAUCUCUUCAUGACUAUGGGAUUGCAAUCUUGGACCAAGCUAAAGGAUUGGUGCAAGAAAAUCAGAUCUUCCGAGGAAAAGUAGGAAAGACCAUUUUAGAAAAAACUGAAAACUCACAGGAAUGUACUGUCCAGAGCAAUGAGAUUUUAACAUGCAGCAAAAGUUCUUGCAGAUCAGGUAUCGUCUGGAAGUUGGACAAUCCUCCAUCAAGGCCGCUUGUUGAUGGAUCAAAUCGACCCCUCUCUAUAGUCCAGACCAGUCAACGAGUUGCAUCCAUGACAACUCGAAUAGCUGCAAGAGUCGAAAGGGGCUGCCAUGACAAUGGAAGCAUCUUCUGUUCCAUUCUUUAAUGAUUUAAAAUUAUAUUUGGUACAGAAUUAGCCUCAAUCUGUCUCUAUGUACUUUCAGUAAUGAACAAACCUGGGACUCACUUUUUGUUAAUUCACUACUUCGCUGGUUAUCUUGGAAUAUAAUGUAAUGAAAAGAACAAAAAGCAUGACUUGACUUUAAGCUCCACUUGGAGUAACCUUAUUAAAGUUCUGGUUUCAUAGCACAGUUUGUGUUCUUAUAAACUGCCAACUUAAUCUGUGCAUUUAGAUUCCAGGCAGAUAUGCAAGAAGUACUAUGGCUUUAGUCUGGACCUGGAUGUUUCUAACUUGUGUUGGAAAGUUGUAAUGAUUACAAGUCUUUUACCACAUAGGAUUCCAGAAAAGUAAAGGUUACUGACUAAAGUUAAGUUCAGAGUUUCCACAUUAAUUUUUCUUUUUGUAUGCAGUGUCUGAGCUACUUUUCUAGGAUUAUUGUAACUCUUUUUUACUACAGUAAAUCCCAGUGGAAACACUCGCCUCACCCCCACCAAUCACCUCACUCUUUCAGAGAAAGUAAAGGUGAUCUUUUACCAGUGCAAAAGAUAAACUGCUGCAAGAACUCAGCAGGACAAGUGUCAUCUGUGGAUGCAAAGAGAUAUUCAACAUUUUGUUUGGGACUUAGAAAUGUAAAGGGAAGAUAGCCGGUUAAAGUCUGGGGUCGCGGCUGAGAUGAGGGGUGCUGGAAGGUGAGAGGUGGAAACGUAUGAGCAGGGGAUGAUGAGUGGGUGAAUGGAGCAAGGUG